AGUUCCUGCCUGGCACCAUCCAUCAGCAGGGAAUUCCAAUGGACCACAAAGAUAAAAGUCAAUUUCUUACAAAGUGCAGAAUGGGAGUCCGGAUCGAAGCUGGUUUCCGGAAGGAAAACGAACGAUGAAAUAAUUGCAUUGGAGGUCCGCACCCUCGGUUAUGGCUGCCAGCUCACAGGGGGGGCAUUGGCCGCCAGGAGCCACCCCGCGGAGUCCCCCCUCGGCCAGAGCCUCCUGGCGAUAUCGGCUCAGCUCAGCCACUGCCGGACAGUCCUCCGGCUCUUCGACGACCUCUCCAUGCUCGCCUACAGCCGCCAGUACGGCCUGGGGCCGAAGGAGGAGGACCCCGCCGUCCGCUGGCUCUCGGUAGCCAACAAUGUGGCCGACCAGCUCUACUACCCCUGCGAACACCUGGCGUGGGCAGCGGACGCCAAGGUCAUUCGGGGCGACUCGGGGAAGUGGUGGGUGCUCAGCACCCUGCUGUGGGCGACCUCCCUGCUGCUGGGAAUCGCACGAUCCCUGAGGAUCUUGUGCCGGCUAAGAAGACGGCGGCAGAAGCAGGCCAGCAAGGACUCCCUUCAGAGAGUGAGGGCGCGAGCCCGGGCCGAAGCCUUGACCGUUGCCGGCAACCUGGCGGACCUCUGCAAUGCCGUCCACUGGCUCCCCGCAGGGGUGCUGUGGGCCGGGAGGUUCCCCCCGUGGCUCGUGGGGCUGCUGGGGACCACGUCGUCCCUCAUUGGAGUCUACCAGACCUACGCGGGGGGAGCCGCCUGAGAGGAAGCAGCGUCCCGCCGGGGCUUCAGAGGAGACCAGACAGACGGCACCCUCAAAAUUCCUGUCAAGGCCACGAAAAGGGGAGCCAGAUUCCUUUGCAGCGCUUUCUGCCCUCGGAAACCCUUUCCCCGUGGGGCAAAGCCUUCCCCCCCCCAUGGCCAUGGGGCAAGAAGACUCCCUCGCAGGCACGAAUUGAAAGCCCACCCGAUGCACACUGUGUAAACCGGUCACGGGCAACCUAAUAAAAUGCAGAGAUAUGAAGUAUCCUGCAAACCGGGGUCAGGGGAGGGGAGCCUCCUUUAUUGCUCGCGACCCCCGCAAAUGCCUCCUCCCCUUGACCCACGGAUCCUGCAUGGGUUGGGGGGGCUGGCUUGGCAAGCCAGGCAUAGGUUCCAACUCCGGACGCAGCAAGGAGGUCCUUCAGUCAUGAUUCUGUCCCCCCAAAUCCCCCCCCUGCACCCUUAACAUUUCUUGUUCCUGCACUCUUAAUCCCUAGAACUGGAACAGGAUUGGGGGUUGGGGGUGGCACUGUGGGUUAAACCACUCAGCCUAGGGCUUGCUGAUCAGAAGGUCGGCGGUUCGAAUCCCCGCGACGGGGUGAGCUCCCGUUGCUCGGUCUCAGCUCCUGCCAACCUAGCAGUUCAAAAGCAUGUCAAAUUGCAAGUAGAUAAAUAGGUACCACUCCAGCGGGAAGGUAAACGGUUUUUCCGUGUGCUGCUCUGGUUCGCCAGAAGCGGCUUAGUCCUGCUGGCCACAUGACCCGGAAAAACUGUCUGCGGACAAACGUCGGCUCCCUUGGCCAGUAAAGCGAGAUGAGUGCCGCAACCCCAGAGUCAUUCACGACUGGACUUCACUGUCAGGGGUCCUUUACCUUUAGGGGAUACCCUGGUAUCAAUAGGCAGGGAGUUCCAGUGUGUCUGCAGCCUCUUCCCAGCCCCAAAUGCGGCAAAGCGCUCCUCCGCAGAUUCAGGGAAAUCUCGCCGUUUGGCAAAUGUCUCGUUUGCGAACAAACCUCACCCAGGUCGCGGUGUGCCUCUAGUCCCUGUUGCCAAGGCCAGUUGGGCUUGGGGGGGGGCACAGGACAUCCCCAAACAGCCCCAUUUAUUGGGGAGCCAAAGGGUAUCCCGCUUCUCGGAGGGAGUCAGUUUGGCUGCUCCUUUUUAAGGUGGACAGUGCCCUGGCCAUAGGUUGUUUGUUUGUGGGGCUUGGGGGGGCAGCAAGGAGGUGUUGGGGGGCUUGAAUUUGAGGAAGGAUGCCCAGCACCUUUAGGAAAGCCCCACCUGAAACCCAGGAGAGCUGCCAGCCAGUGCGGGCGACACUGAGCUAGCUGCGGUUUUCCUCCCUGGCAGCGGGUUGGGAUGGAUGACCCCUGGGGUCCCCUCCCGACACGGCACAAGUGCUGCGCUCGGAAGCACGGGCACUAGGAACUCGCUUUGGUUUUGUGGGGAAGGAGCACAACUUGGGGGUCGUGGCACGCAGGGAAGGGAAAGGGAUGAGGCAGGAUACGUUCAAGGGCACUUGUGGGGAAAUUGCAGAAUAAAAUUGGUGUGAGGUUUCAAGCACCAAGGAAGAACUCCCUGACCGCCGUCGCUGUUGGGGUUGAAGGUGGUAGACUCUCCUUCCCGGGAGAUUUCUAUGGCCCUCUGUCCUGGAUGAUUUCGCUGAGAUUCCUGCAUUGCAAUGAGGCUGGGCUGGAUGACCCUUGGGGUCCCUUCUAACGCUACAAUUCCAACUUGGAGCAAGUCCCAGGAGGCACCGCUGGGCAGGCGAAGUGGAAAGAGGGCCUCUGUAGAAACGCUGCUUGUAUGCUAAAGGGCUUCCCACCCCCUGGGCUCUUCCUGCUGCACGAGUGGUCAGCGCAGGAUGCGGCCCCCGGAGAAAGCAAAGGCAGGAGCAGGGGAACGGGAAGAAGGAAGGCUGUUGUGCAUGUGUACAAAAGGGAGGCAGGUCUCUCCGGGGACUUGGCCCCAGGGAAGGGGGGAGCUUGGGGUUCAGCUCCUUCCACUUCCGAGGCUGCUGGAUCAGGCCGAAUAGGGCCCCACGUCUGCCCAGAUGCCCCCCCAAACAGGACGUGAGAGCGGCAGGCUUUUCUGCCAUGCUAAGGUAGACUGGCUCUUUCCAGGGAGGCUCUGCUCGGGAAUCGCAAGAACCCCAGCAGGUUGGGUCUCCCUUGGAAGGUUUUUAAACGGAGAUUUGGGGAAGGGGGGGGGGAAUUCCUCAGCCGCGAUUCCUUCCUGCUCAACAUGCAAGUUGUAGCAACCAGGCAAAAGGCAAUAUAUAUAUCUAUAUUUAUUCAUUUAUUUAUGCACGGGCCAACUCUCGCACCCAAGAGGGUCUCAAGGAGGCUUACACAUAGUAAACAAAUAAAUAUUCAAAACACAGAGCAAUUUUUCCCGGGGGGGGGGGCAGCGGCAUCAGAGGGAAAUAUUUGUCUUUUGGGGACCUCCCCCCCCCCCCGAGUUGGGUAGUCUCCUGUCCUCGGCUGCAUGUGGACUGUGCCUGCUCCCCCCACCCCCGUGAAAGGCAGCAGGGGGCCCUUUAAAUUGCAACUGGUCCCGUCCCCGAAGGGAGCUCCCCCGAGAGAGAAAUCUAAUAGCCAAGCAGAGCAUGGACAGGUCAGCGAUUGUGUGCAGAAAGAGGGCUUCCCUUUCAAUAAAUGCGGAGGAAAGGCGCAGUUAUUACACGAAAUGGCCCCCCCCUCGAUGGAAGGGCGGCUGGGAGCCUCUUGCGCCGGGGGGCUCGCCCUUUCCGACGCCCCCUGAGGACCGAGCACAGAAGCCGCAACUUUUGGGGAAGCGCAGGUAUUUGGGGAGGAGCAAAAGGCUGAUCUCACAUCGCUGCGAGGCUGCAGUCCAAAACUCCCCCCCCCCAAUGUUAAGCGACCUUUCAGGAGGCGAGCAUUUGCGGGAAGCAGGGGAAGAUAGUGGCACGGUCCGUUCCAAAAGGAUCCCUUGGUGGCAGAGAGGUUCUAAGCCGGAGCAAAUAAAAAAAUCAAUUGGGGAGGGGAUUCCUGCAAAGGAAGCAGAUGAGCAUUUGGCGGCGAGAGGAGCAAGGGACGCUCCUCGUUGGGUUGGACCCAGGAUACGCUGGCAUGCGAGAAGCCAGAUUUUGGGGGGGGGACGACGACAAGAGUCAUUUGCCACAAAGUUGGACGCCCCUGCGUGGCACCUGGCAGAUUAAGGAAGGCAAACCCCUCUGCCCAUGACGAUCCUGUUCCGUAUCGCCGCAAAAGUUCCCCUUCACUGGGCAUCUCUGUGCCCGCCGAGGCCUGUCUUUGGAGGAAGCGGGGUCCCCGCUCCGCCCUGGAACCUCUGUUGGCAAACUCUGCUCUCUCUCGCCUGCUGCGGAAGGUGCUUAAAAAAUGACAGCGAUGCCACGGAGAGAGAGCGUGAGAAGUCGGGGUGUCCGUGGGCGGCCAAGUGACUGUCCGGUGAAAGACCCCUUCUCUCCCCCC